AUGGCAGCACGUGACAUAAAUUUCGCGGGAGACUGGAACCCACACAGAACGUGUAUCUGUAUUUACAGCCACACAAUUCUCUGACGGAGUCGAAAAGAAGACACUUUUAAUUGAAAUUCAUCAGAUUCCUCUGAUAUAUUUUUCUGUUAAAGAUUGAAUCGGUUUUAGUCUCUUUUCUAAAAAAGAAAAAUGUGCAGUGAAUACGAAAAACUUCGUCUGAAAAAUCUCGCCGACAAUCGGAGGGUUUUGGCUGAGCUGGGAAUCCGUCAUUCUCUGGAGAAAUUUCAAGUGGUCCACAAACCAAUUAAACGCAAAGCACAGUGGACACCAAAGGCUUCCAAAAGAUCAUCUGUGCCCUCUACCACAGAUGAAGGUUCAAUCAGUGUUGGUGCCGUGAGACGUUCUUGUAGACUGAGAGGAGAGAAACCAUCUGAAAACAAUUUCAUUGAACUCCUUGAUGAGGAUAAACCGUCUCCAGCUAAAAGAAUUCCUCAGUUUCGAGAAAAUACAUUUGGUUCAAUUGAAGGUGUAGAAGUUGGUACCUGGUGGCAGUCUCGAGUGGAGUGUAGCUAUGCUGGAAUCCACAGACCUACAGUUGCUGGUAUUCAUGGAAGUGAAACAGAAGGAGCAUAUUCUAUUGCUCUGUCAGGUGGCUAUGAAGAUGAUUUAGAUUUCGGAGAAUGCUUCACAUACACAGGAGCAGGAGGUCGAGAUCUCAGAGGUACCAAAACAAAUCCAAAGAAUUUAAGAACAGCACCACAGUCUAAAGACCAAACAUUGACUCGAGGAAACUUAGCUCUGAGCCGCAACUGUGAACUAGGAAGGCCUGUUAGAGUGAUCCGAGGUUAUAAAUCCCAGAGUGAUUUUGCCCCUGAAGAAGGAUAUCGUUAUGAUGGCCUCUACACUGUGGAAAAAUAUUGGUACACCAUUGGUCUUUCUGGUUUUGGUGUGUGGAAAUUUGCACUCCGGCGCUGUCCCAACCAAGCUCCUCCUCCAUGGACUAUGAAAAACCAAGAUACUUUUAGUGAUAAAGCAAAUGAAGAAUCGGAUGCUGACUCUGGUGUAGAUUUGUUAGACUCUGACACAGCAAGUCAACAUUCAAACAGCAGCAGUAGUAGUAAUAAAGACAAUGGAUUAGAUUUGGUGAAGAAAGACAACUGUGAUGGUGAUUCUCCUGCUGAAGAAAAUGACAGUGAUGAGGAUGGCGUGGGCAAAUGUAAUGAAAUGACGGAUAAUGAUAUCAAUGGUGAAGAUUCUAGUGUUUAAGAAGAAAAUUCAAGGCUAACAAAAAGAAAGCAAAUUUUCAGAAAUAAAUCUGUUUGGGUGGAGGGUAAGCAACAAAAAUCUAACAAUUUAUCAAAUUGCUAAAUGAACAAAUUGUAUGAUGUUGUCUAAAACUUGCAAUAUUUUAGAAGAAAGAAGAGACUUUUUCAUUGGUUUCUGUCAGUUGGCUGUGGUGUUGCCAUUCAAUGUUUGAAACAAAUACUAGAUAUGCACACAAAAUCUCUUUAGUUUUUGGUUCAUAUUUUUGCUUUUUUGCUUUUGUUGAUUGGAACAUUUUUAAAAUGGGCCUUUAUGGGAAAAUGCAAAUAAGUUUUUAUAUCACAAAUGAUAUUCAUGCAUUGUAGUUUCACAUUUUUAAUUUCCACUAUGGUUUAAAGAUUACUGAUUAGAUUUUCAUUGUUGCAUGAUGAAUUGUCUUGUGGUGUUAUCUUCGUUUAGCUACUCAUUCAGAUCAAAAUUUAUUUCUAUAUUUAAGGUACUAGUAACUUUUGGUUUUUGAAAAUGCAACAUGGAACAAAUAAUAUUCUAAUAUUUAAAUGAAACCAUUUUACUUCAAUUUGUAGAACCAGUUACUUCUUUAUGAUAAACCUUAAUAUUUAUUUAGCUGUCAAUCAGUAAGAUAUUAGACUAAAUCAAUUGAAGAUCAGACAACAGACUCAGUGGUUGUCAGUUUGUAUUCCGUCAUCUGUAACUUCAACACAAGAACGUCUCUUUUUCAAGUAUGGACCUUAUGAAAUUUUGCUCAUUAUACAUUGAAGGACGAAUCUUUCAAUUUAUAAUUUAACAAACAUAAUGUAGCAUUUAGUACACUGCAUAUUACUCUAAACAAAUCAUACAAAUAUUUUUAAAGAAAAUUUCUUUUAUAAGAAAUAUGUGUGUAUAUUGUUAUAAAAAUAACUAAGCAUUCAAUAUUUGGUGACAUCUGAGAGGUUGCAGCUCAUAAAUUGUCUUCUAUUAAUCUUGGUCUUGUUUUACUUCACCACUUCGAUUUCAGAAAAAAGCUUACAAUCAUUUAUUUAUUAGUAUUAUCAAAUAGUAUUAUUUUCUCAUAAAGGUAGGAUUCUUCAAGAAUAAUAAGUUUUAAAAAAGAAGUGCAAUAAAGAUUUAUCGUAAAAUCUUUGUUAUAGAAGUUCCUUAGUCUGUGAUUCAAUUAUUUCCAUUUACAGUUCCUUUUGUGCCAUUUUUCUAACAGAAACUGGGUCUAUAAAAGUACUUCAAUUGGCUUUUUCAACUUUCGACUGAUUUAACCCGGAUCGCAGUUCCUUUUAUGGAUGUCUAUUUUCAAGUUUGGUUCAUCAAUUUCAUAAUUAUGACUGUUUGUUGUUGGUUAAUCUGUGUUUUAAUUUGUUGCCAUUGGAGAUCUCAUAAUGUGCCUUUCUAUAAGUUUAUUCUUCUUAAUGUGACAAAAGUUGCUGAACAUUUCUGAGACACAUAAGAACUCUGGAACUGGAAAAGAAUGGUUUAAGGCAGCAGCAUAUCCAUAUUUUUGUAAUAAAUGUUUUUUUUUAUUUGUAUUUUUACAUUCUUGUUGAUCACCAAAGCAAAUUGACUUUUAAAAUGUGAAUAAAACAAACCUGUUUUUGUUUCCACUUUU